AGCGUCUAGAGAGGAGAGAAUGAACACACGCGUUCACAAUUUGACACGACGUGACCACGGCGACAUGUUUGUUUUUUAGUAAAUAUCAUGAGAGUUUAUUUCCAGAGAGAAAGAGUGUGCGAUACAUAUAAUGGUGAUAAUGACCUAUAUUUUGAGCUAAAAGUGAUGUAAAACAUCCAUGUUAUCACUUCUUUUUAAAAGGCUUUCGAGAGAAUAACAUUAGAUAUUAACGGACAAAAGGCUUAUUAGAACAGAAAAAUGACGAAAAGAAUUAGCGCCACUGCAAUCGACAUGGAGACCAAAAAGUCUAAGCACACGUCCGACAACUGGUCUGUGCAUUCAUACAAGGACAAGGUGGCCAAGCAGCAGCCAGAAUACCCCGACCAGCAGAAAUUGGAAAACGUUUUAAAGGAACUGGAAUGCCUGCCUCCUCUUGUGCAUACUGGUGAGAUUGAUCAAUUAAGAGCACAACUCAAGGAAGUGGCAGACGGUAAACGGUUUCUACUGCAAGGCGGAGAUUGUGCUGAAUUAUUCGCCUAUUGCAAUAAGAACCAGAUAGAAAAUAAGGUGAAGAUAAUGUUGCAGAUGUCGUUGAUUCUUACACAUGGAGCGCAUUUACCAAUUGUGCGUAUUGCACGAAUUGCGGGUCAGUACGGCAAGCCCCGAUCGUCGCCCACAGAAAUUAUUGAUGGUGAAACAUUUCCAUCCUUCCGCGGAGAAAACGUAAACGGCAUGGAAAAAGAAGACAGAACGCACGAUCCCCAGCGCCUAUUGAAGGCAUACUUUCACUCAGCGGCUACUCUCAAUUACAUUCGAGCAUUGGUACACGGUGGAUUCGCGGACAUUCGCAAACCCGAAAAUUGGGAGUUAUCGCACGUGGAAGACUUGCACACCCGUCAACUAUUUGAAGGGCUUUCUUCGAAGGUGCAAGAAAGCUUAGAGUUUAUGAAGAAAAUCCUCAAUGUGAAGGACAACGAGGCCUUGCGAUAUGCAGAUUUCUACUCGUCGCACGAGGGGCUUAUUCUGGAUUACGAGGCAGCACUGACUCGUGUCGAGGGAACUGGUGAAGGCGCAAAACACUACAACACAAGCGCACAUUAUAUCUGGAUUGGCGAUAGGACACGCGAGAUCACUGGAGCUCACAUCGAAUACUUCCGCGGUAUCGCCAACCCAAUUGGUGUAAAAUGUGGGCCCUCUAUGGAACCAGAAGAGCUCGUGCGUCUGAUUCGUAUACUCGACCCUGACCAACAGGCGGGCAGAUUGAGCAUUAUCACGCGAUAUGGUCACGCCAACAUCAAGAAUUAUUUACCUGCACAUAUCAAAGCGGUUCAGGAAGCAGGACUUAAAGUAGUUUGGGUAUGUGAUCCAAUGCAUGGCAAUACCGAAUCCUCUCAAUCUGGCUACAAAACACGAAGCUUCGACAAUGUCCUUUCUGAGCUCAGGAGUGCAUUUAACAUACAUAAGGAACACAGAGGCCGAUUGGGCGGGGUUCAUUUUGAACUUACUGGAGAUAAUGUCACAGAGUGUACUGGAGGCUCAGAAAAUCUUAAAGACACGGACCUAGGGACGAAUUACGAGACUUUCUGUGAUCCUCGUCUAAACUACGGGCAAAGCAUGGAUAUGGCAUUUUUAAUCGCCGAUUAUUUCAAUAAGGCACGCGCCACCAAAAAUUCCAUGGUGCUGUAGUGGAUACAUUUUUCCUACAAAUUAAAACAGUUUCACG